GCAAAUUUUCGAUAUGCCGACAUUGACCGGCCCAACCCUCUGGAUAAAGCCGUUGAAAUCCUAAGAUUACUCGCUGGCGUCGGGCACAUUUUUUUCUCACGUUGGGUGCAAAUUGAGCAGAGUGAAAUGGGGGUGUUCCUUAACGUGUACACCACACCUAGUCCGGAGAUCGUCCUUGAUGAGGAUACUCGCGCGACGUUGGCGGGGAUUGAGGAGCUGAUGACGAUUGAACCGGCCGAUACAGAGGCCACCUUAGGGGUAUACACUCGAGCGCUGGCGGGAUUGGAGACGGCAUUCCGUGCGGCAGCAAUUGAUCCGAGGGAUUUCGGACAUCGACUAGGGUGGGUCAGGGAGUAUGAUGCACGUCCGAUGGCGGACAGAGUGGAGGCGAGGGAUGCGGUGGCACUGGUUUUGAUGGCGCAUUGGGCGGCGGCGCUCGCGGACUGGAGAGAUGUGUGGUGGGAGCAUGGGCUGGGAAAGGCAAUUGUAGAGGAUGUAGUGAGGUGUCUGCCGGAGAGGCUGAGAGGGUAUGUGGCAUGGCCGAUCAGGAGGUGUGGCUUGUAAGUCGAGAGAGUUGCGCGGCGACCUUGAUAUAGAGGAGUGCUGUUGAAAGUGGGUUGCGAUAGCCAAAUCCUCAGCUCUAUGAAAAAGUUGUAACCG